CGGAAACGACUCCGAUUGAGGCAGCCAAAACACUCAACAUUUGGUUUGAAAACCGUAUACUAUAAUACUAUAGCCUACUAACCCCUGGAAUGAUAUUGGACACUAGCGACUUUGCAGCAUAAACAACAACAACUGGGCAGUUACACUGUUCCUUUUAAGAUGGAGCAGCAAGACCCUGGAGCAGACUCUAUGGUUUCGCCCCCCGCAGGUGGAGCAAAAUCAAAGUUGGACACACUAUCCAAGGAUGACCUCAUUAAGUUUGCCAAGAAGCAGAUGGCUGCCAUGCAGAAACUCAAAUCUAAAUGUGCAGAUCUGGAGAAGGAGGUUGAGACAAUCAAAUCGAAACCCCCGGAAUCUACAACUAAUAAUUGCCCUCCUGACAAUUCUAUAAUACAGGAACUGACUGAGAGAAUGGAUGCAGUUCUGCUGGAGAAGGCUGAGACUCAGCAAAGUCUGGUAAUGAUGCGCAAAGACAACGAGAAGGCAAAGAAACAGACCAAGGAUACAGUACAGAAGCUGGCAACAAUUCAAGCACAGUUGGACUUGGCCAGGGAAGAUCACCAGAAAGAAAUAGAAACUCUUGAAAAGACCAUCGGAAACUCAAAAGCCAAGCAUAUGGAGGAGAUUGAGUAUUUCCAGAAGCUCCUGAAAGAGCGCGAAGAGAGCGAGAGGGAGAAAGAGAGUGAAAAAGAGAGACCCAGGCAAAGAGAAGAGGCGGAGGUGGCGGAAGGUGCCCAGGCGCUCCUAAAACGUCUGGAGUCCCAACUCCUCGGCCUGCAGACUGAGCUGGACUUGUCCAGGCAGCAGGCUGCAGCACAGCAGGAAGACCAACAGAGGGUGCUGACUGAGGCCCAGCAGGAGGCAGAGAACCUGAGGGAGGAGCUGUCCCGGAAGAGCCUACAGCACGAGGAGGAGCUCCGAGCCCUGGAAGAGGACUAUGAGAUUGAGAGGGAGCGCCUGCUGCUGCUCCAAGAGGAGCUGACGGAACAGCUGGCCCUCAAGGACAGCUACCUGCAGGACGUCCAGGAGGAAGAGGAGGAGCCUAGCCGCGGCUCGGGCAUCGCCAGGAUGCUGGAGUUGUCCGGCUGCAGCCAGAACAGCACGAGCGACAACGAGGCUGGGGAUUCCGGGAGGCUCCGAGCGGCGCUGGAUGACCUACAGGCCCACAAUACCAUGCUCCAGGAUGAACUGACGUUGCUUGGCAACGUCAAGAGCGAGCUGGAGGCCGAGCUGGAACGCGCAAGGGAGGAGUUUCAGAUCGAGAGGGAGGAGCUGGAGUUCAAGAUCGACGAGCUGCAAAUGUCCCGGGAGAGCGUGGCCUUUGAUCCCACGAACCCAAACCACGAGGCUCCUCCAGAGACGCUGGAACGCCGAGAGAGGUCUGCAUCCCACUCCACUCGCUCCGGGGAAAACCUGGACAGUCAGCUCACUGAGAAGAUCGCCCUGCUGGAGAAGGAGAGCAAAGACAAGGACGAGAGGAUGAACAAGAUCAAAGCUGUGGCCGUGAAGGCCAGGAAGGAGCUGGACAUCAGCAAGAAAGAGGCUGCGACUCUCAAGGAGGAAGUGGAGGCGUUGAAGGCGGCUAGGGAGAAGGUUACCAGCUCCAUGAAAGACAUCAUCCACGGCGCCGAGGGAUACAAGAACCUCCAAAUGGAUUACGACAGGCAGAGUGAGCAGCUGGAGAAGGAGAAGGAGAGAGGAGAGGCGGCAGAGAAACAGAUUGCCGAGCUGACCAAGCGACUGGCCGCUGCAAUCACACAGCACGAGCAGCUGUGGUCGGAGAAGGAGGACCUGUUGGUGGGGAUGGAGACGGCGAGGAGCACCGUGAGACAGCUGGAGGGGCAGCUGCAGGAGACUCACAGACACACGGCCACGCUGGACAGAGACCUGCAGGCCGAGAGGCUGGUGAAGGAACAGAAGGCCAAGGAUGUGUCCGCGGCUCUGAAGGAGGUGGAGGAGCUGACGGCUCAGCUCCGCAAACUCAACCAGCAGUCUCAGCAGACAGCCCAGGAGCUGGAGCAGCUACGCAAGGAAGCGCAGCAGAAUUCCCUGUUGGACAUGGAGAUGGCAGACUAUGAGAGGCUGGUGAAGGAGCUCAACACCAAGCUGUCCGAGAGAGAGGUGCUUGUGGAGGACUUGAAGGCCCAGAUACAAACACACACUCAGAAGGAGGACGCCCUCAACCAGGAGAUCGAGUCUCUGAAGGCACAGGUAGACCAGGGGGAGGAGAAGACCUCCAAGAUGAAACAGCUGCUGGUGAAGACCAAGAAGGAUCUGGCCGAUGCCAAGAAACAGGAGGCCUCUCAGAUGAUGCUACAGGCCUCUUUGAAGGGAGAACUGGAAGCUCAACAGCAGCAGCUGGAGAGCUCGAAGAUCCAGGUGUGUGAGCUGUCAGCAGAGAGCCACAAGCUGCAGGAGCAACUGAGGUCAGUCCUGGAGCAGCAGCAGAAAAGCUCCUUCUCUCUGCAGCAGAGGAUCACCACCCUGCAGGAGGAGUGUCACACCACCAAGGCCGAGCUGACCUCCACCGCCAAGGAGUUCGACAGCUACAAGGUGCGAGUCCACAAUGUCCUGAAACAGCAGAAAAACAAGACCACCGCCAAGAGCGACGGAGACACCGGCAAACUGGAGCGGGAGCAGAUGGAGAGCAUGGUGGAGCAGCUGCAGGUCAAGCUGCAGGACAGCCAGCAGGGCGUCCGGGCCGGCGCGGCCGAGCUGCAGCAGCUGCAGGCGGAGCACGACACGCUCCUGGAGAGGCACAACCAGAUCCUCCAGGAGAGCGUCGCCAAGGAGGCCGAGCUCAGGGAGAGACUCCUGGCCCUCCAGACGGAGAGCGCGUCCCUGCGUAACGAGCACGCCCAGACGGUGGCCCAGCUGAGCCAGCAGACGGAGGCCCAGCGGGCGGCCUUCAGGGAGCAGACGCGCCGCCUGCUGGAGGAGCACGGGGCCACGGUGGAGACGCUGCAGAGCCACAUCAGCAGGCUGGAGAAGCAGCUGUUCGCCCUGCAGAGCCAGUCCAGUAAGGGGCCCCGCUCAGACCGUCAGUCGCAUCGGUCCGGUGUCGGCUUCCAGGCCACCGGUUUGACUCCGGCCCAGUCCAGCCGUAAGCCUGCGGUGGACCGCAGACCCCCCGAGCAGGGGGCCUUGGGGGGCUUCAACCUCGCCCUGAGCGAGAUGCAGUCCAUGGCCAGAGAGGAAGGGGAGGGAAUGGAGACCACCGAGACCGAGUCCCUCUCCCCCGCCCGCACCCCCCUACCUUCCCUGGAACAGCUCCUCACCUCUCCGGACCCCAAACAGGAGCCGUUUGUGUGGCAGUCGGAGCCGACCAAGGAGGAGAUGAGCCAGAAGCUGACCACGGUCACCCGUAGCAUGGAGCACAUGAACAGCCUGCUGCACGAGACCGAGGCCACCAACGCUGUCCUCAUGGAGCAGGUCACACUGCUGAAGAGCGAGGUGCGCCGCCUGGAGCGCAACCACGAGCGGGAGAAGAGCGUGGCCAACCUGGAGUAUCUGAAGAACGUGCUCCUCCAGUUCAUCUUCCUGCGCUCGGGCAGCGAGAGGCAGGCGCUGCUGCCCGUCAUCCACACCAUGCUGCAGCUGAGUCCCGAGGAGAAGAACAAACUGGCGGCUAUUGCACAGGGUGAGGAGGAAGUGGGAGGAGCCAGAGCGUCAGGGUGGUCCUCCUAUCUACACAGCUGGUCUGGGAUCAGGUGA